AUGAAUAUUAUGGCCACGACCCCUUCUUCCUCUUCUCCCAGUGCAUCCGGUCUCGAGGGUCUGUCUCAACGUUUAGGACAAGUUUCACUUUACACGCAGGGUGCUAUAGCUCUCCCAUCGAUCCACGACCAUUUAUCUGUCGACGACUCGCCGAUCUCAACUAUCUAUUCUCCCAAUUCCAACGCGACCUCCGACGUGCUCAUGCACAGCCGACUACACACGCACUGGAAAGUUCCCCCAUCCACUGAUCUAAAUGAACCACUGAAGCCACUCGUUUAUCCUUCCUUUAUUUUCAUUAUUGAACAAAGGCUGAAGAGUGCUAGAAAAGCGCGUGCCGGAGAGCGUGUCGUGGCUCGUCGAAAGCGAGUGACAAUGGGCAAUAAGAUAUGGAAACGGAUGAAUGCGUCGUUAAGACCAAAAUUCAGUCGUCUCGGAAGGAAAACGAAAUAUCCCUACGAUCCAUACAUUCACUUCCUUUCCACAUCCACUACCUCCCACCCCAUGUCAUUUCCAUACCCGUCUUCUCCACAGGGGUCUCUGUACAGCGGAGCCUCUGCACCAGGACUGUCGGACAGUUCCUCACGCUGCAGUAGCCCCGCCCCGUCAGACCCGUACUCAGACGAGGAUGCUGGAGAAUAUUUCUACCCUCCACCGUGUGUAUACGUCGAUUCGCCAUCGCCAUUCGUUGGCCCUGCUUCCGACUCAAAAGCGGCUUCCUUGUAUGAUUGGGAUCCAGAGAUAGAAGGGGAUAUGUUAUUGCCGCCUGAGAACCUGAAGCUGUAUCGACGCUGGGAUGCCAUCGAACGAAAUGAGAGUUUUGUUAAGAAGGUUCGUGGGGGUGUCGAGAAUGAGGUAUCUCCGUGGGCAUGGCAGUGGGAGAACUAA